AUGGCUUUGGCAGGGAGGCACAUCACGAAUCAACGUGAUACACGGUUUUUACCAAUAUUUACAGUCUUCCAGUGGGGCACAGGGCUAUGUUCGGCUGCUUCCGGUGAGUAUGGAUCCUGUCAACCUAACAACGAUUGCGUUCUACGGGGCGGGCUUCCGGCAGGUCCAUGCGCUGGCGGUUAUGGGACGUGCUGUAUCUUUAUAGCAUCCUGCGGCGGUGUAGCGCGAGAGAAUGGAACGUACUUUGUCAACCCAAAUCAUCCGGACAGUACAGAUGGAACCGGAAGCUGCCAGUUGACUGUGUUGAAAAUGCAUCCAGAUAUUUGCCAGAUUCGGCUGGACUUUGAUCAUUUCUUGCUAAACGGACCAGAGAUUGUGAACCACAUCUGCAACACGGAUCAGUUCCUAGUGUCUGGCGGAAGUCCUGCUCCAACGAUUUGUGGAAGCGCCACAGCUGAGCAUAUGUACAUUGAUGCUGGCAUGGGACAGAGCAACCCCAUUAUACUGACGGUCAUUACCAGUGGCCCGAGUUUCCUGCGUUCAUGGCGAGUUCGGAUAUCUCAGAUCCCCUGUACAGCGAUAGCAAAAGCAGAUCAGGGCUGUCUGCAAUACCACACGGGGGUUAGUGGACGCGUGAGAAGUUUUAACUUCGACCAGGUCAAUGGGCGCCAGCUAUCGAACCAAGACUACAGCAUUUGCAUCCGAACGGAACGUAACUUUUGCAGUAUUCAAUAUACGGCCUGUCCGGGAAUAACGGCGAAUCGAUCGCGAACAUUUACCUUGUCUGGAAAUUCGAACACCAUUGUACAGGCAAUGGUGGGCGGUGGAAGCCAAGGAACACCGAACUCAUGUACCAACGAUUGGCUGUUGAUACCAUGCGCCAAGAUCGCGGACCGGCUACCGAUGGCCAGCACAUGCGAGGAUAAAAUCUGUGGCGGGACGCUUAACGCGGAAGUCAGUUCCGUGGAGCGGACCGUUGUAUCGACCAUUCGCCCAUUCCGGUUGGCAUUUCACACCGACUCGAUCGAAGCUCCAACUGAUGUAGAUAAUCGAGGCUUUUGUCUGGAUUACGUACAGCAACCUUGUACCAACAAUAAAUAA